UCUUCUGAUUUUACUUUGAAAGUCUGUUACCGGAAGUGAUAGCGUGGUUUCAGGCUGAUGCUAGCAGGGUUAGAAGAUGUGUGAAAGCUUCAGGGCUUUACGCAGCGUCCUCAGGGCUCGGUACCGUUUGGGCUUCACAGCGCUCCUCCAGCGGAACCAGGCUCCAAAGUAUCCGGACAGCAGGCGGCGAAGCUCGGACACAAACUCAGGAGCUGCUCGGCCACUAGAGGGCGUCAGAGUGCUGGAUCUGACCAGGGUUCUGGCUGGUCCGUUUGCCACCAUGAUCCUGGGAGACCUGGGAGCCGAGGUGAUAAAGGUGGAGAGGCCAGGUGGAGGAGAUGACACCAGAACCUGGGGCCCGCCCUUUGUUGCCUCAGAGAGCGUCUAUUUCCUGAGCGUCAACCGGAACAAGAAGAGCAUCGCAGUGGACCUGAAGCACCGCAGAGGAGCAGAGGUCAUCCGGCAGCUUGCAGGUGUGUGUGACGUCCUGGUGGAGAACUUCCUGCCCGGGAAUCUUCCUCAGUUGGGUUUAGGAUACGCUGAGCUCAGCAGAAUCAACCCGGGCCUCGUCUACUGCUCCGUAUCAGGUUAUGGCCAGACGGGCCCUCAGGCCCGGAGUCCAGGCUACGACUCCAUCGCCUCGGCCGUGUCGGGGAUGAUGCACAUCACCGGGCCGGAGGACGGGGAGCCGGUGCGUCCCGGCGUCGCCAUGACUGACCUGGCCACGGGGCUGUACGCGCACGGAGCCGUCAUGGCCGCCCUGCUGCACAGACAGAAGACAGGAAGAGGAAGUCACAUCGACUGCAACCUGCUGUCUGCUCAGGUGUCCUGCCUCAGCCACAUCGCUGCCAACUACCUGAACGCUGGGAAGGAGGCCAAGCGCUGGGGGACGGCCCACGAGAGCAUCGUACCGUACCAGGGCUUCAGAACCAGAGACGGACACCUGGUUCUGGCUGCAGCCAACGACAGGCAGUUUGUCACGGUGUGCCAGGUUCUGGAGCUGCAGGAUCUCGCUGCCGACCCAAACUACAGAACCAACCAGCUGAGGGUCCAGAACCGGAAGCAGCUGCUGCAGAUUCUGUCCCAGAGGUUCAUGCAGCAGAACUCUGCUGAUUGGCUGAGGAGGUUCCAGGGCUCAGGUGUUCCGGUCGGACCAAUCAACAGCAUCCAGGAAGUGUUCUCCGAGCCGCAGGUCAGUGCUGGGAUGGGCGUGUCCAGAUGUUUCCGGCCUGGACGUCUGGUUCUGAUCGGGUUCUGAUCAGGCUGGCAGGUUCUCUAUGGGGAUAAACUGGACCAAAUGUUUGCUCAUAAAAUGUCUUUAA